AUGUCUAUUGAGGCCAAUUCGGACACAAAAUUGACAGUAAAUGAGUUGAUCACAAAAUCCAAUGCAUUAGCGAUGGCUUUGUUGAAGAAGGGGAUCAAUAAAUCAGAUAUUAUUCUUACUUUUGCCGAUAAUUCAAUUGAAUUGGUUAUCGCAAUAUUUGCGAGCGUAUGGUUGGGCACAACCGUCUGCCCAAUCAGUCCCGUCGCUAAUGUCCACGAAAUAGAGAGCCAUUUGGAAAAACUAGACUCUUUGGUGAUCUUCACGUCAACAACUAAAGCCGAAAUCAUAUCCAAAGCGUUAAAAAACGACAAAAUAAAUGAUUGCGUAAAAUUGAUCACUAUAUUGGACGGCACUUAUGAUGAUUACAUCGAUUUUUGUGAAUUACUUAAACUGGGAUCCAAUCAACGGUUGUCAACCGUCCCAUACUUUACUGUCGAUCCCGUGAAAGAUAUAUUUUUAAUGUUACAAAGCUCUGGGACUACAGGAGUGCCCAAAUCUGUGUUACACACACACUAUGGCUACUCUUUGAUAGUAAACUACGAGUGUUGGACUCCGGGAAAGAAACCUGUAUUUGGGAACAUAACUCCGUUCGGGAGUCUCUCGGGUUCGGGAUUUUUAUUUCGCUUCGUAACCUCUGGCGUACCAUUCGUUAUAUACCGAGCGUUAAGCGAGCAGUUGAUCGUUAAGAGUAUUGAGAAAUACAAAAUCACUUUCAUGUUUAUAACGCCCCCAUUGGGACACCGACUCAUUGACGAACAACUCGUUGAUAAUUAUGAUCUCUCGAGCCUUCAAUUCGUAACAGUGAGCGGAGCGGCCUUUUCGGCCACAGUUGCCAAAACACUAAUCCACAAAUUUAAUGUUAAAUUCACCCAGGGAUACGCGAUGUCUGAAUAUGGGUUGAUAACAGAUUUUCUUGAGGUUGAUCCCAAUGAAUAUGAGUUGAUCGAGGGCAAUUUGGGUCGACCCAUAACUAACACCGAAAUAAAAGUGAUUGAUUUGACAAACGGAUCAAAUUUAGGGCCCAAUAGUGACGGCGAGAUUUGUGUUCGCGGGCCUCAAAUGUUUGCCGGAUAUUUAAACAACUCGUUGGCCACCAAUGAAGCCAUAGAUAGUGAGGGAUGGCUUCACACCGGAGAUAUCGGUCAUUAUGACCAACAAAAUCGCUUAUUCAUAACCGAUAGACUCAAAGAACUGAUCAAAUUUGGGACAAAACAGGUCUCCCCGACAGAGAUUGAGCUAUUUUUAGAGACACACAAUUGUGUGGCAGAGGCGGCAGUGGUUGGCGUUAAGCACGAGAUUGAAAGUCAAUGGGUUAGGGCUUAUGUCAAAGUGAAAGAUGGGAUGUCUAUCACCGAAGAGGAGAUUAAAAAAUACGUUUCGGACAACAUGAGUGAUGCGAAACAGUUAAGGGCUGGCGUUGUGUUUGUCGAUCACAUCCCGCGAACGAGUCUCGGAAAAGUGAACCGAAGAUAUUUCAAACAACUGGUCGAUAAUGAAUUGAUUGUUUCGUUUUAAGCAAUGUUUUAUAUAAAAUGAGCAUGGUAGUAAACAUAUUAUUAGAUAUUAUAAGUGAUUGGCAUAAUUAUAAUUACUGUUAUAAGUGAAAGUCUUUACAAUUUUGUCUAUUUCAUAAUGUAUUUACUUUUUAGCGUUGAAAUAUUGUAAUUCAUUUAAUAUUUAAUAUGUAUUUAAUAGGUAUUAUUUACAAAUC